AUGUCCUGCAACUUUUUCUCCCCCCAGCAAUGUGCCGGGUGGCAAAGAUUUGUGAAAUGUGCCCAGAAAUGCACAGAGAUGUUCCUUCCGAGCCGAGAGGUCGACUUCGCCGCUUUCAUACAAAGCGUUACUUUUUGCAUCAUAAUUACUGGGUUUUAUGGCGUGGAUCCUGGAACCCUUUCCCCUGUCGAUGUUGCCUUCAUGACAAACGCACUCAACCGCCAUUCGGAUAGCACCUCGCGACGAACUCCCCUUUAUCCUGAUGAACUUCACGCGAUGAGGGAACGUGUUUGUAGAUGGGUCGGGGGGGAGCGUGCCUCUCAAGCCCUGGAAACCAUUCUUCCCGCAUAUGAGUCCAUGUGGCGUCUAGCCGCUGUCACAUUGGCCUACGCAAAUGGUAAUCAACACAUGCACAAUGCCUUCCUGGAUUUCAGUGAGAAUCCCACCCAGAAGCAAUUCCGUUCUUUCAAAGUUAAGAACACUCGACCGAGUGUAGAAGCCAUCAUCAAUGAAGUCCUGAGGUUGCACCCACCCAUUCAGCGCAUUGCGCGCAAAAGCAGACACCCCUUGUGGAAGCGUCUGUUUUAUCCCGCACAAGAGGUAGCUGACAUCGGAGCUGUUCAUCGCUCGUGUGUAUAUGGCAUGCGUCUAGAGACCUUCGAUGCGAUGCGCUUCCAACGUCCAGUCGAUAUGCAACUACUUGCUUUCGGACACGGCGGGCUAAGCUGCGUCGCGGGAGAAUGGGCACCCAUAGCUACAGCGCUAAUCGUCGCCAAAGUCAUAGACAGAGUGGAUGACGUCGGUUUUGUUCUUGCGGGGAAGGUAUUCGACGCAAGGAUGUAUCGAAAUACGAGGAUAGGUUGGGAUGGGUGGGUGGUCAGAAAGAAAGAGAAGGGAAGGAUUCUCGAGGCUCCUCCUGACGUUUCUUUUGGUUAG